UCGACAUUUAGAACUCGAGACAUUAUGUGAUAUCCAUCUCAUCUCUGACGAUUUGAUCAUAGCAUUCACCACAACUCGCUCCACACUGUCCCAGUACGCAUACCAGUACGCAUAGACACAUUGUACGACGAUGAAGAAAGGAAUAGACGACGAGGAUCUGCUGGGCUCGAGGAGCCUGUCGACGGGGGACUGUGGUGAAAGACCGAUACCACUAUUCACCACUCGCCUCUUCCCCGUCCACCAUAUUAUAUUGCGAGAACUCUGCGCCCUGUGCCCAAUCAAGUUCCUCACCCUCUCCCAGUAUUGCUACGACCUCACUAUCCCUUCCCUCUACCACGAGAUGGACCUCACACUCCAGCUUCUACUGGUGGUCUCAGGAUUCGGUGAUGGGCACAAGCGAAUGAGGGCCGCUUUGUCGCACACCCGCGUCCUGCAUAUCCAUGACCACAGAGUUGUCCGUGCCAUACACACACCCGAGCACAACCCACUUUUCCCUCGAGAUCACCAGGUUCAGUCUUUGGACGGUACCUUCUCCGGCGUCAAAGUUCUCGUCCUCCACGAGCUCGUACUCCACGCGUCCUUCUACAUCGACACUCGGCAUCCCAUGAGGGGAUUCUUCCAGACAUUGCUCUCUUGCCAAUUCAGUGGCAAUCUAGAACAAGUCGUCGGGGUGUUGGACCCUUCAGACCACCCCCUGGCUAUCGAGGAGAGUAUUCAAGAACUCUUGUGCUUUGCAGAAGCUCUUCGCGCUCCAGUAAUCACUCUGGAAGGUGCUGCGGGGUCGAGCAUCUUGAAGGCGCUAUCGGUCACUUCCGGCAAGCUGCCGAUUUGCUGGUCAGGGGCCAAGCUCUUGCGUAUCCGUAUUGGCCCGCCUUUGCAUAGCGCAAAUGGUAAGAUGGGGAGGAAGAGCAAAGCCGACUACGACCAGAAGGGGAGAAAGGGCAAGACGGGCACAAAGGGGUCAUUUGAACAUGCCUCUGCACGCAUUGCCAAGCAGUACGCAAGAAGGGAGUGGGAGCGGUGUACUGCCAAGACAAAAGUUGGAGAGCUCAUCGAGCAAGUAGAAUUUGUCGUUGAUAAUGACUACGUGCAAGGCUGGAUGAAGCAGGGUAUUUCUGCACAUAACGGGUUGAAAGUAUUGUUCACUUUUGAAGCGUAGUUUGGGAUGUUACUCUCAAGGUGUAUUAUCGG